UUAAAAAAAUCUUGUAAUCUGUCUCUGUUCACUGUAUCCCCAAAAUGAAAAAAAAAGUUAAUUUUGCAGGCCCUCUUUAAUCGAGCCUGUUCAUGGACAGCUUUGUGAAGUGCAAUCCACUGUCCUACCCCUUAGGCUUAGCAUUGGUUUGUCAGGACAUACAGGAGCUGGCCAGGUACUUUGGUGCAGAUAUGGAGCAGUGCCGCAGCCACUGGCACCAGGUACGUGCCAGUCUAGAGGGGACUGAUCAGUCAGCCGACCAGACCAUGACCUGGAUUACUGGCAAACUUUAUACCAGUCAUCCAGCUCUUUACAGAAUUGCUGCUGUGGGUCUCCUCCUCCCAACCACUACUGCAGAUUGUGAGCGAGGAUUCAACUGCCUGAAGAGAGUUAAGACUGAAAAAAGGAAUUGUCUCUCUGUUAAAGUUCUAAACUAUCUUCUUGCCGUCUCCCUUCAAGGACCCCCAUUAGAAUCUUUCAACUUUGAGAAGGUAGUCAAGGCAUGGAAGGACAACAAACCUAGAAGACAGGCCCACUUUUAAUGAUG